AUGAUCGUUGUGUUGUGCCUCACAACACCGCUUUUUGCUUUACGAAUGUACGUCAGGUCCAUCGUCUUGCGCAAUAUGGGAAGCGAAGAAUUUGACGAGGCGUCUUUGCUAUGCUACUGGGUCAGCUCAAUAUUCAGCUACCAUCUCUGGGAUGUUUCUCCACAAGACGUGGUUCAGUUUCAAAGGUACUCGUACGCGGCGUCUCUCUGCUACAGCAUCGCAAGCUUUUCGACCAAGCUAGCCCUACUCUUAUUGCUCGUCCGUGUUUUUCAUCAGUUCCGCAAAACGACCAUAUUCCUCUGGGCAACGAUAGCCUUCCAAGUCGCCUUCUGCAUCGCCAUUACAGUAGUCAAAAUCAUCAUCUGCCUGCCGAUCCAGGGUGUCUGGGACCCAUCAAUUCCGUCGAGAUGCCUCGAUAGGCAGGCUAGCUUCAUCGCCGAUACAGCUGUGGCAUCCAUUUCCGACCUUGUCAUCCUCUUUCCACCUAUUAUUCUGACAUGGUCACUCACCUUCUCCACUAUGAAAAAGAUCCGGAUCAUGCUCAUGCUUGGUGCUGGAGGCUUGGCCACCGCAACGAGCUUCGCCAGGCUGGGGCUGCUGUUGCAGAAGAAUAGCUUUAAUGACGCCACGCUGAACUUUACAAAGUUCAAUCUCCUGGGUGUAUCUGAAAUAAGCAUUGGGCUCAUCUGUGCUUGUCUGCCUUCUCUGAGCAUCCUGAUGGGCAAGUACAGGACAGAGGCAGACCCACAGGCUGUUCGAUACGUGUUUCCAUCAAUCCUUAGGAACCCGAGGCGAGCCCGCAGCAUCUUGACUACAGCCACAGAGUCGGACGGAGCGACUCGAGACAAGAGUCGGAACGUCAGGACAACAAUUGUCAGGGAAGAGACAGUAGAAGAGGCAGGUCAAGCGUAG